AUGUUGCCAACAAAUAUCUUAACCACACUUGCAAUCUGUUUAGCAUCAGUUUCUGCUCAAGAGUCAGUUGCAGUUAAUAGAGAUUUAUCAUUAUCAUCAGCUCAUGCUAAAGGUUCCACAAUCAAUUCAGAAAUCACACUUUUACAAUCAUCUGCUGCUGCUUCAAUCUCAAGUGCUUCAGUUUUAUCUGAAAGUUCAAAAGAUACAACAACUUUAACAUCAGAUUCAAAUAAUAGUCAAGCAGCUCAAAGCAGUUCACCAAGUUCUGUUGCUGCUGCUUCAUCAGCUCCACAAUCAGCACAACCAAGUAUUCCAAGCUCUCCAGCUCAAGCUGCUAUUCCAAGUUCAGCUGCUAUUCCAAGUGUCGCUGCUACUCCAAGUGUUGCUGCUACUCCAAGUACACCAGAUACACCAGUUCAACCAAGUCAAGCACCAGCAGGUCCAUAUGGUGCACCAAAUCCAAAUCAAAAAAGAGAUGCAAAUAUUAAAUUCAAUUUCCAAUCAGCUGAAGCAGCUUUAAGAUCAAAAUUCAUUGCUGGUGAAAAACCAACUGAUUCUGCUCAAUCUUCAUCAGCUAGUUCAACUCAAGCUUAA